GACCUUGUUUUUGUUGAUGUUUAAUGUGAGUGCGGCUGCGCGCGGCUCGAUGCGACCCGGCAGAACGAGGCGGUGACGCUCCGGUGUAGACGCGGACCGAGCCGACCGAGAGCCGACGGAGAACCGACCGAGAACCGACCGAGAGCCGACGGAGAACCGACGGAGAGCGCCCUGGCUCGUCGUCGGACGCUGCCAGCGAGGGCCGAGAAACAGAACGAGCAUAUCGCCAUUAUAUGAGCCAGUGUCCCGCGUCGCUUUCACCCUCCAUGUGGGUGAGGGAGCUGUGCGUCUCAGACUAUGGCGAGAAAAACAGUUAGCAGGAAGAGGAAGGCGGGGGAGCCCAAGGACCAACAGCAGCUGGGCUGGUGUCAAGCGCCACACAAGCGGAGCCGUGUUUCCUGUUGGGCGCGCCACGCCCAGCAGUGGUGGUGCGGCCGGCGCUCGGUGGUGUGCGCCCUGCGGGGCCGAGAGUUCAGACCCCAGCAGCAGCACGAGUUGCGGCUCCAGAGGAGCCUCCGGGGCUUCGCGGCCGGCCGGCUCCCCGCCAUCCUCAAGGAGAGAGAGUUCUCCCUGGGCCGCCUCAACAAGGUGUUCGCCUCCCAGUGGCUCAACCACCGGCAGGUGGUGUGCGGCACCAAGUGCAACACGCUCUUCGUAGCCGACGUCCUGACGGGGCAGAUCACUCGCAUCCCCAUGCUGAAGGACCGCGAGUGUCGUGGUGCCGGCUCCGGGGCGGCGGGGCGGCACCCCUUAGGAGGCGCCCGCGCCCGGCUGGACCAGCAGGGCUGCGGGAUCCACGCUAUUGAACUGAACCCCUCUGGAACGCUGCUGGCCACAGGAGGAGACAACCCCAACAGCCUGGCCGUCUACCAGCUGCCCACCCUGGACCCCGUGUGCGUGGGAGAUGAAGGUCACAACGACUGGAUCUUCUCCAUCGCGUGGAUCAGUGACAACAUGGCGGUGUCUGGGUCCAGAGACGGCUCCAUGGGCCUGUGGGAGGUGACGGAGGAGGUCCUGAGCCAGGCGGAGCGGAGUCAGAGCGAGGAGGCCGUGCCCUCCUACGCCCACAUCUCCCACCGCGCCCUCAAGGACAUCCCCAAGGAGUACACCAACCCCUACAACUGUAAGGUCCGAGCCCUGGCCUUCAACAACAACCACAAGGAACUGGGAGCCGUGUCUUUGGACGGUUACUUCCACCUGUGGAAAGCUGAGCACAACCUGUGCAAGAUCCUGUCCACCAAGCUGCCUCACUGCAAAGAGAACGUGUGCCUGGCGUACGGUCAGGAAUGGUCGGUGUACGCCGUGGGCUCUCAGGCCCACGUGUCCUUUCUGGACCCGCGGCAGCCGACACACAGCAUCAAGUCCGUCAACUCGAGGGAGAGAGGGAGUGGCAUCCGCUCGGUGAGCUUCUACGAGCACAUCGUGACCGUGGGCACCGGCCAGGGCUCCCUCCUGUUCUACGACAUCCGGGCCCAGCGGUUCCUGGAGAACCCUCUGAAUCCCGGCGGAGGGUACCGCAAGUUCCCAGGAGACGGCAUCCUCAAGCUCUCCACAGGGAAGGGCUGGCUGGUACCGAUCCGUCUCUCUUCAUUGUGUUUACAAAGAGGACGCGCGUGUUGUCCUUCCUUGUCUCCUCCCCUAACCGUCCUCUCCUGCUCUCAGAAUCACGAUGAGACGUGGAGGAGUUACUUCUCAGACAUUCAUUCCUUCCCCAACGCCGUGUACACGCACUGCUACGACGACUCCGGCACCAAGCUGUUCGUCGCCGGCGGGCCGCUCUGCUCCGGCCUGCACGGCAACUACGCCGGCCUGUGGAGCUAGCCUCCUCGCCUCCUCGCCACUCGAUCACUACGGCCUCGCCUCCUCCCUGCCGGCCCCUCCCCCUCUGCGCCCCUGCUGUUGCUCUCGCUCUUUGAGCCGUGUGUCGUUCCUGUUUGGGUCCACCGCCCUCAACGCUUCAGUUGCUCCUUACACUUAUUUCACUUUUCAUUAAAAUGUACAAACGAUUAACUCGUAAUGUUCAAGAGCUGCGAAGUCUGCCGCGAGGAACUCUUUGAGCUUUGAGAAGCAGCGAGGUUCAGGAUGAGGCUGUGUCGGGUCGCCGCCGCUUCCUCCUCAACUCCUUUGGGUUUUCUCACGGAAACGGACGGCAAUAAAAGAGAGAGGAAGAGAGGAAGAAGCGAGACUCAAGAGACGACUGAGUUGGAAGGACGUUGGACCGACCUCACCAAGGACUUCUCUCUCUUUGCAGGCGUGUGAACAGCCAAUCAGCACGGAGCAACGUUGAGGUCGUUGUUCUGAAUUAAUCCCAACAGAUGCUUAUUUUAUUCAGUGUGAUGUGACAGGUGUACCUGCUGAUACUCUACUUUUCUUUGUAUUUAUUUGCCCUUUACGCAGCUGGUCCGGGUGUUUAUAGCUGCUUCUUUUGAGGAUAGAUUGUCUCUUUGCCCUUUUGACCAGAAUACGUUGGAGCAGAUCGGACCAUCGGUGGUGUGUUCUGAUCCGUAACCUUCCGGUCUCCCUAGAACAUUUAGCCCGCGAUUUUAAGUCUUGAAAGCAAAUCAGAUCCGAUUAUUGAUCGAUUGAGAAGUCUUUAAUGUCCGGGGUUAAAGCCCCCCCCCCCCCCCCCCCAUGGGACUCCCCACAGGAACGAGGAGGUCAGUGCAGCUCCCUUGGAUCUCCUCCAGCACCACGGAGGCUCGGAGCUGGAGGCUGCAGGCACAUACGCUGUUGUCACCGGCGUAAAACAUUCUUCUUUCUUCUUUUUUGUACCAAGGAGUGAGUGACUGCUUGUUCCGGGUUCGGUGGAGGCCGGGUCGGCCUUCCUCCGGUCUUUCUGUGAAAGACUGCGACAGGUGAUCAUAGUUUUCCUUUUCUACAUGGAACUUUUCUCUAGUAUUCAGGAUAAUGACAUAUUGAAAAGAGAAACCCCAAUUACGACCACAAAUUGAACAAAUAUCCAACACUUUUACGGUGUAUUUUAUAUAUAAAUGUGUAUGUGUAAAAUACAUGGGGACAUCUGCAUCUGUCUGAGGAAGUGUUGGACUGAUCUGUCUACUUGGUGAUGCCGGUUGUUUUUAUACAUGCCUCGUGAAUGUUUUUACAAGUGACUAAAUCUGAGGAUAUUGUAAGAUAUAAACAUCUGAAAAAAACAAGCUAUUAAAUCUUUACAAAAGAGUAAAUAAAACAAUUAAAUGUA